GUUAUUUAUAUUACAUAUUAUAUUAAGUCAUAUUUAUUGCAUAUUUUUUUAAGAUUGCAAGAUAUAUUUUAUUGUCUACGAAGUAUAUAUGAACAGAUAGCAUUACUUGUAAUAUCAGAAUGGGAUAUGAGGAUAAUGAUGUCCACAAUAAAAAAGAAUCUGCUGACAAAAAUAUUAAAAUUAAGAUGAAAACAUCACAAGAUGAAAAUUGUGAUUUGAAGAAAAAAAUAGAAAAUAAUGAUACCCAUAAAGUUAAAUAUAAAGAUAAAGGUAUAAGGAAAAGGACAAGAAUGUCACAAAGUGAAGAUAGUAAUUUAAUGAAAGAAUCAGAAAAUGAAGAUGCCUAUAAAGUUAAAUAUAGGGAUAAAAAUAUUGAGAAGAGAAAGAUGUUGCAAGAUGAAAAUAAUGAUUUAAUAGAAAAAUCAGAAAAUGAAGAUAUCCAUGAAGUUAAAUAUAGGAAUAAAUAUAUUAAGAAGAAGAUAAAAAUGUCACAAAAUUCAGAUAGCGAUUCAGUGAAAGAAUUAGACAAAGAUGCCCAUCAAAUUAUAUGCAAAGAUAAAGAUAUGUGGAGUGAUAUAAAAAUAUCACAAAAUGGUAGUGAUUCAACGGAAAAAUCAAAAAAUAAACAUGUCUAUAAAGUUAAAGGCAAAAUUAAAGAUAGAAGUAAAAUAAACACAUCACAGGAUAAAAAUAGCGAUUCGAUGUAUGUUUCGGAAAAUGAAGAUAUUGAAAAAAAGAUAAAAAUAUCACAGAAUAAAAACAAGAAAAACAAAUACACUGAUGAAGCUAGUUCUAGAAAUGAAGAUGUGGAAGAAAAGUGUUGCGUUGAAGCAACACACUUAGUCCAUAAAGUUAAACACAAGGGCAAAAAUAUCCAGAAUGAGAAAAAAGCUUCACAGGAUGAAGGUAGCAAUUCAAUGAAAGUAUUGGAGAAUAAAAAUAUUCAUGAAGUUAAAUACAAAGGUGACAAUAUCCUGAAUAAGAAAAAAGUCUCAUGGGAUGAAGAUAGCGAUUCGACGGAAAAAUCGGAAAAUGAAAAUGCUCAAAUUAAGUGCAAAGAUAAAGAUAUUGGAAGUAACGUAAAAAUAUCACAAGAUAAUAAUUCGAUGGAAGAAUCUAAAAAUAAAAAUGCCUAUAAAGUUAAACUUAAGAGAUUUAAGAAUAAAAAUAUCCGAAAUUGGAUAGAAAUGUCACAGAAUAAUGAUAAUUUAAUGAAAAAAUCAGAGAAUAUAAAUGUUGAGAAAGUUGAAUGCAAAAGUGAAAAUAUCAAAAAUGGAAUAGAAAUAUCACAGAAUACAGAUAGCGAUUUAAAAAAAGAGUUGAAGAGUGAAGAUACAAUUGAAUAUGAAGGUAUCGGAAAUAGGAUGAAGACAUUACAGGAAAAAAAUCAUGAUUCGAAGAAAUUUUGUGAGAGCAAAUACAUUCAUAGGGUAAAGAAUAAAUCUGGAGAUGAAGAUAUAGAAGAAUAUUGCAGUGAAGUAACAUAUCUAGCGCGGCAAAUGGCAUCAGCAGAGAGACCUUGCCAAACAGAAAUAUUCAAAUUGUACAAUUUAAACGUGCAAUUAAGACACACGGUACCACCACAGCAUAUGAUUGAAACACGAGCUGGGUCUCAUAUGCCGACACGAAAGGAAAUAGAAGAAUUUGAAAAAAUAAUACCAAUCAAGAAAGGCUCAUAUUCUUUUGAAGAGGACAAUAUUAUUGCUAAUAAUUGGAAAACAUUUUGCAAGAUACACAAUUGGGAUGUAAAUAAAAGUAAACCGUUUUUACGAUUAAGAAUUGGCAAUUUGACAUACAUGCGUAAUACUAGAGAAAGACGGAAAUUUGUACAAUUUUUAGCCAAUGGUUUACCAGAGAGAACUUUAUAUAGUGUCUAUCAUAGAUUUAAAAAUUUAUAUGAGAAUAAUCUUCAACGCAGGUUUAAACCUGAAGAAGAUGAAAUGAUAAUAGAUCAUUUAGAAAAUAAUCCAUCUCUUGAAGUAAAACGUAAAUAUGCUGAUUUGGCUAAAGUUCUUCACAGAACAAGACAUUCCAUUUGGCGACGUUAUCGAAUAUUAAAUAAGAAAAGACGUAAAAAGGAUGAAGAUGAUUGAUGUAUUAUUUAUUUGUAAUAAAAACGUUAUUUUGAUUAUGAUGAA